AUGACAAUCAAUGCUAGUAUAAGUUUAAGACCAGGACAGCCACUUCCACUCUAUUGUCUUGCGCGUCACCCUGGGCAGUCUCAUCUGCUCGCUGUCGGCGGCUCAGCCACUGAUGCACCUCUCUCCACUUCUAUCUCCGGGUUGACAGAUCUGCAAGCAGACUCAAAAGACGCUCGUGGUCGCGCAUCAUGUCAAGGUGACAAAGACUGCUCAGACGGUGGAACUACUGGCAAUUCUUCUGCCACUGCAUACAUCUGGGAUUUACGCGCCGAUCGCUAUCCUCUAACCGAACUAGCUUGUCCGGGCCGAGGUGUCUGGGAGGCCAUGUUUCAUCCUACAUCACCGAAAUACCUCUGUUUAGCUACAGAGACAGCCGGACUCCUGGGCAUCUGUUCAUCUGAUAGAAAUGGUGAGAAAUCAGGCGCUAUGAUCUCAACUGUGAUCGACGAAGUACUAUUAAUUAUUUGGCUAGCUCUACAGGCCAGAAAUUUUUAA